ACAGCUGCGCAAACGUGGGUAGAUUGUAACAGCGGCAGGAAGUACUCUUUCUGAGCAUGAGUUGUCAUUGUGGGUCUCUUACCUUACAUCACAACUCAUGAGCAUAUUGGUGAACUUAAAAACGCAACUGUAAACGUUAUCUUAAUGAAUCUAAAAACAUUGUCUAUUUGAUAAAGAGCAGGAGCCACUUUUUGCAGCGGGACGCUUGGCAACACCACCUUGAUCAGACAGCAAGCUAGCACCCAGCUAGCUAGCUAUGAUCUCAACAAUGCUGCAAACAAUAAUGGAGCUAUCAGUGGAGAGUAAAAUAUUUUAUGCUGUAUUGUUGUUCUCAUGGGCAGUCUAUCUUUGGGAGGCUUAUCUUGCCUUCAGACAACGGAGGAUGUACCGGACAACAACACACGUACCCCAUGAGUUGGGAAAGAUCAUGGAUGCAGAAACCUUUGAGAAGUCCCGUCUGUAUCAACUGGAUAAAAGCAAUUUCGGUUUCUGGUCAGGACUCUAUUCAGAGGCUGAGGGUACGAUGAUUCUUGUGCUUGGUGGAAUUCCCUUACUCUGGCGUAUUUCUGGAUCUGUGAUUGCACACUUUGGCCUGGGUGCAGAAUAUGAGAUUACCCAGUCCUUGGUCUUCUUAAUGCUAGCAACCCUUUUCAGUGCCUUCACAGGCCUUCCCUGGAGCCUCUACAAUACUUUUGUUAUUGAGGAGAAGCAUGGAUUUAACCAGCAGACCCUUGGUUUCUUCUUAAAGGAUGCCCUGAAGAAGUUUCUGGUGACCCAGUGUAUCUUACUGCCAGUCACCUCGCUAUUACUACACAUCAUUAAGAUGGGAGGGGAUUACUUUUUCAUCUAUGCCUGGCUUUUCACCUUGAUUGUGUCUCUGGUGCUGGUAACCAUCUAUGCUGACUACAUCGCCCCACUGUUUGAUAAGUUUACUCCUCUCCCAGAGGGAGAGCUGAAAGAGGAAAUUGAAAGCAUGGCCAAGUCCAUCAGUUUCCCUCUGACUAAAGUUUAUGUUGUAGAAGGCUCUAAGCGUUCUUCCCACAGCAACGCUUAUUUCUAUGGUUUCUUCAAAAAUAAGCGCAUUGUGCUGUUCGACACACUUCUAGAGGAUUACUCUCCUCUCAAUCAAGGUGGGGAAGCAGAUGGUGAUCAAGGAAAGGAUAAUGCUGUGCCAGAAGAGACCAAUGCCAAACCAAAGAACAAGAAGCAAGGUUGUAGCAACCCUGAAGUUCUUGCAGUUCUUGGACAUGAGCUUGGACACUGGAAACUGGGUCACACUGUGAAGAAUAUACUUAUUAGCCAGAUGAAUUCCUUCCUAUGCUUUGCUCUGUUUGCACUUCUGAUUGGUCAGAAAGAGCUCUUCCUUGCCUUCGGUUUCCAUGACAGCCAGCCCACCCUAAUUGGUCUCAUGAUCAUUUUCCAGUUCAUAUUCUCCCCGUAUAAUGAGCUCUUGUCCUUCUGCCUGACGGUGUUGAGCCGCCGGUUCGAGUUCCAGGCGGACGCCUUCGCCAAGGGGAUGAACCGGGCCACUGAGCUCUACUCUGCCCUCAUCAAGCUCAACAAGGACAACCUGGGCUUCCCCGUGGCUGACUGGCUCUUCUCCAUGUGGCACUACUCUCAUCCUCCCCUGCUGGAGCGCCUCCGAGCCUUAGGGAGCCCCAAGCAGGAUUGACGGCACCUGAAGGGGGGGAGGCGUCUGUCAGACACCCCCAAGGGCCUUCGUCGGCCCCUGUUGGCACUCUGACUACCUUUUUGUCACCUGUUCUCUCUCUCACUCUCUCUCUCUUCCUCUCUCUCUCCUUACUCGUUAUCCCUCAGUUUCACAAUUCAUCUAUCCCCUGUGGUUUUUGUGUUCAUUUUAUCAUUUGCCCCCCUGCAUUUGCAUCACAGACCAGUGCACUAACCAGCCUACAGGGGGUUGGAGAGCUGAUUAAAGAGCUUAUCUCAUCUAUACUCUCUGCUUAGGUUGGCGUCAUGGUGCUUCUGAUGUUCUUCACAGACCUCAGGUUGCCUUUUGCAAGUAUUCUUGAUGACGUGUAUAAUUAUUUUACAUACAUUUUUUUCCAUUUUACUCAUAAAGUUUUCAUAAAAAAUAUUUCCAGUUCA